CGUGUGCAGUUAAGACUCGUAUUUCGUUACGCAGCGUGAAUGUAUUUCGAUGCACGUGGGUCAAGCCGGCGUUCAAAUGGGCAACGCGUGCUGGGAAUUGUAUUGUCUUGAGCACGGAAUCCAGCCAGAUGGAACGAUGCCAUCCGACAAAGUGUCCGGAACAAAUGAUUGCUUCAAUACAUUCUUUAACGAAACAAGCUCCGGCAAGAUGGUGCCCCGCGCUGUGAUGGUCGACCUCGAACCCACCGUCGUUGACGAAGUGAGAAUAGGACCUUAUAAGCAUUUGUAUCAUCCUGAGCAAUUGAUUACCGGAAAAGAGGACGCUGCCAACAAUUACGCACGUGGUCACUAUUCCAUCGGCAGAGAAGUAAUCGACUCUGUGAUGGAUAGAAUCCGAAGGUUGACCGAUCAGUGUACAGGCCUCCAAGGAUUCUUUGUCUUCCACUCGUUUGGAGGAGGCACCGGGUCGGGAUUCACUUCCUUGCUAAUGCAAAAACUGUCAGACGAUUACGGGAAGAAAAGCAAACUAGAAUUUGCCGUGUAUCCGGCACCACAAGUGUCCACCGCGGUCGUGGAGCCAUAUAACGCCAUAUUGACAACCCAUACAACUAUCAGCCACUCGGACUGCGCGUUCAUGGUAGACAACGAAGCGAUUUACGAUAUCUGUCGGCGAAAGCUCGGCAUCGAGCGUCCUUCUUACGCGAAUUUGAAUCGCCUUAUCAGUCAAGUGGUUUCGUCGAUAACCGCCUCGUUGAGAUUCGAUGGCGCUUUAAAUGUGGACUUGACCGAAUUCCAAACGAAUUUAGUGCCAUACCCUAGGAUUCAUUUCCCACUGGCGACCUACGCCCCGGUGGUGUCGGCCGAUAAGGCCUUCCACGAGGGGAUGUCCGUUGCGGAGAUCACGUCCGAAUGCUUCGAGGCGUCCAAUCAAAUGGUAAAGUGCGAUCCGCGCGAAGGGAAAUACAUGGCCUGCUGUUUGCUGUACCGCGGCGACGUUGUACCGAAGGACGUGAACGCGGCGAUCGCCGCUAUGAAGGGCAAAAGUUGCAUACGAUUCGUCGACUGGUGCCCGACCGGCUUUAAAGUUGGUAUCAAUUAUCAGCCGCCCACCGUUGUUCCCGGCGGAGAUCUCGCGAAGGUUCAAAGAGCGGUCUCGAUGUUGUCGAAUACUACGGCCAUCGAGGAAGCAUGGGCGAAACUGAAUUACAAGUUCGAUCUUAUGUACCAUAAACGGGCGUUCGUUCAUUGGUACGUGGGCGAAGGUAUGGAGGAGGGCGAGUUUGCGGAAGCCCGCGAUGAUCUUGCCGCGUUAGAAAGGGAUUACGAGGAGGUCGCUCUUGAAUCGUCGACCACACCGAACGCCUCGAUGGAAUAUUGAAAAUAAAUCUGUACAGUUAC